UCGCGUCUCAGGAAUAUUAAUUUUUAAACUUUUUUUUUUUUGCAAUGAAAAUCGAUUCACCCUACUACCUAGCUGCCAAACACUGUACUUGGGUACCGAACACUUAACAUUUGAAUUUUGCCGUGUAAAUGUUUUGAAAAGAGAUAUUUUAGUAUAAAAUGACAGACAAAAGUUCAUCAGAGAUAGACGAAUCAAGAUCAUCUAAAAAAAUAAUAAAAGAACCAAACUUUUAUGAUAUUGAAAAUUAUUUAUUAUCAGGAAUUUUUCCUGAACAUUUACAAGGAAGAGAAAACAUUACAAAUAUAGAAACAUUACAAAUAUAGAAAUAUGAAAUGCUACAUUACAAAUAUAGAAAAAUCAUGAAAGUUACUUCUGGUCCAGAGACUUUAUGCGUUUUCAAAGAUCAAAUGUCUCGUAUUCAGUACAAAAAAAGCUGCACACGAUGGAUUAGGCACAUCAACUGAAUCAAAGGCUAUAGGUGGACAUGUUGGGAGAGAUAAAACAAUAUGGAAAUUGAUUGAUUCAGGAUAUUGGUGGCCGAGUAUGAAUAAAGAUGUCCGAAAUUAUGUAACCACUUGUGAAUCUUGUCAAAAAUCAAAUUCAAAAAUGAAAAAAGUUUCUCCAGAGUUGCAUCCAAUACCAGUUCCAACAAAAAUAUGGCAUCAAGUUGGUGUUGACCUCUGUAGUCUUCCUAAAAAUCCAGAAGUUUAUGUUGGAAUUUGUGUAGUUGUUGAUUAUUUUUCAAAUUGGAUUGAAGCAAAGCCUAUUUAUAAUAAAAGUGCUGAAGAGGUAUCCAGAUUUCUUUAUGAACUUAUAUGUUGACAUGGUUGUGCCUCAAUUCAAAUUAAUGAUCAAGGUCGAGAAUUUUGUAAUAAAGUUUCUGAAAAUUUGCUAAAUCUUACUGGAACCUGUCAACGCAUUACUUCGGCUUACCAUCCUCAAGCGAAUGGUCUGAUUCAACAAGCUAAUAGAACUAUACAGGGUUCUAUGCUUAAAGUGCUGAACAGAGAGCAAGAAAAUGACCUCAUUCAUUAGAUAGCAUACUGUUUACAUUUCGAACAACUCGCCACAAGUCAACCGGUGUCACUCCCUUUUAAGUUAUGUAUGCAAGGGAGCCAGUUUUACCCUUUACGUUGCAUAAAUAUUGAUCAAAGCUUAAUUCAUGAUGUACCUGUUGAUUUAGACAUAGAAGAAGGUAUUUUGGAACAGGUUGAUUUGCUCGAAAACUUAAAAGGAAUUAAAAACAUUCAAAGUAUAAUUCAUGAUGAAGUAAUUCAAAAGAAGGACUAUGAGAAACGUCACAAAAACCAAAUCCAGUUCAAUAUAGGCUAUGAAGUUUUUGUUUAUAAUCUUAGUAGAGCUGAUAGAAAAGGUGAUAAAGAGAAAUCUGUUUGGGAUGGACCGUACGAAGUUAUUGAAACAUUUAUUGAUAAAGGACUUUAUCAGCUAAAACAAAAAAAUGGUAAAACACUUCAUACCAAGCAUCAUGGUUCAAACAUGAAACUUUCAAAGAAAAGAUCGGAAGAUGAAAUACUUCAAAAAUCAUGUGAUGAGGUAUCUGAUAUUAAAUCUGAAUCUUUAGAAAUUGUUGAAGUUGUUAUCAGCAAAACAAACUCUUUUAUACCUACUAAUAGUAAAUGGAGAACAAAGAAAUGCUCCCUGUUGAAGAUUUCUUUAACUAAUAAAAUACCUUUUAAAAAAGGUUUUGCUGUACGAAAAAAAAAGUUACAAUUGGGAAAACCGAUUAGUGUUGAUAAAAUUGAAGGUGAUGGAAAUUGCUUAUUUCGAGCUUUAAGUCAGGAAGUUUGUCUAAGUCAAGAGUUUUAUAAAAUACUGCGUCAACUAGCAAUUGAUACUCUUUUAAAAGCGGAAAAUAGAAAUGCUUUUGAUGCUUAUAUAUCAAAACCAGUUUUAAAAUACAUUAGUGAUUCAAAAAUGGAGACUGACCAAAUAUGGGGCACUGAUGUCAAAAUAUAUGCAUUAGCAACUGCCUUGAAUACACCAAUUGCUGUUUACUAUAAGCUCCCUGAAGCUUCUGUAUUUUCGUGGUUUUUUUACAAACCUCUUCUUCAAAAUACAAAUGGGGUUAAACUGAUGGAAAUAAAAGAAAAUGACCAAAUAGUUUAUCUGCAAAAUACUGGUGUACAUUAUGAUUGAGUUUUAGCUGUCAGUUGAUUUUUGUUCACAUUAGGUUGAGUUUUUAUUGACUUUUUAAAAAGUUUUAUAUAUUUAUAUUUCUUAUUGACUUUAUUUUAAGAUUGUUUUGACUAUUCUUGUAAAUGUUGUGCAGUUUAUCAUUUUAAAACUAAUCUUGUUUUAUAACUCUCCCUUAUUAAGUUUUGAU